UCUCUCUUUCUUACAGUUUUUUUUUUUUUUUUUUUUUUUGGCUUCUCGCAAUCUGUUGCCAUCAAUCACAGAUAUCUUCAGCUUCUUCUUCUUCUCUCUGGAUUUCUAAACAUUCUUCUUCUUCUUUUCUCAUCAUAUCGCUUCUUUUAACUAAAACAACACUUCUUCACUCUCUUAUCGGAAUGGAUCUAUGGACCCUUGACGUUGCGAUCCGAAACCCUCUCUUCUCCUCUUCCCUUAAAUCAUUACCGAUCCCUGAGAAAUCAUCAUCAUCUAUUUCCGGGAAACUCGGUGAAUUCGACUUUAGGUUCCUGAAGCGUAAUUAUAAGGUUUCUUCUUCUCCGUAUCGUUCUUUGGUUGUUAGAGCUACCUCUAAGAAGAGUAACGACGAUUCUUCUCCUUCUUCUGGAGAUGCUUCUCAGGAGAACAAGUCUUCUUAUAAUGGAAGCAAAUCAGGCGACUCCGCGGCUGCGAAAUCGUUUGGUUUAAGUACGGAUUGGAGAGAGUUCAGAGCAAACUUGUUUAUGAAAGAACAGGAAGAAAAGGCUGAAGCUGAGGGUCAUAAAGCAGCUACAAUAUCUCAUGAAUCGGAACAGAUAGGCUUGAAAUGGGCACAUCCGAUUCCUUUUCCUGAGACUGGUUGUGUUCUAGUUGCUACAGAGAAGCUAGAUGGUUAUAGAACAUUUGCGAGAACUGUUGUGCUUCUUCUUAGAGCAGGAACUAGACAUCCACAAGAAGGACCGUUUGGAGUUGUUAUCAACCGUCCCCUUCACAAAAACAUCAAACACAUGAAAUCGACUAAAACCGAACUCGCUACCACGUUUUCAGAAUGUUCCUUGUACUUUGGUGGACCUCUUGAAGCAAGCAUGUUUCUUUUGAAAACUGGCGAUAAAACCAAGAUACCUGGUUUUGAACAAGUCAUGCCUGGCUUAAACUUUGGUACUCGGAACAGCUUAGAUGAAGCUGCAGUACUUGUAAAGAAGGGAGUUCUUAAGCCACAUGACUUUAGAUUCUUUGUUGGUUAUGCCGGUUGGCAGCUAGAUCAGCUCAGAGAAGAGAUCGAAUCAGAUUACUGGCAUGUUGCUGCGUGCAGCUCAGAUUUAAUAUGCGGGGCUUCGUCGGAAAACUUGUGGGAAGAGAUUUUACAGUUAAUGGGCGGUCAAUACUCCGAGCUUAGCCGGAAACCCAAGCUCGAUAUCUAGACUUUUAUGAAUUUGAUGCUAGUUUUCUAAGAGAACUUGAGGUUUCUAUAGCUUAUAUAUAUAUUUUCUCUAUUAAGCCAAUUUGUAUAGCUUACUUCAUUGGCUUGUAUGUGAGAAUAAUGCACUUCUAUGCAAUUUAUAAAGAUUUGCUUUCUCUAAACCCCUAUUAUGUAUUCUGCUAAUAGCUAAAGAACAUCUAUAUCUAAUAAAUUGAAGCAGUUUGUUCUA